AUGUUUUCAUGGGGAGAGGACUGUCAGCGAGGCUUCUGGCUGAAAGGAGACUUCAGCACAGAUGAAGGAGUCCAUCAUUUAAAUGUUGAUUAUAAACUCUCGGAUGUGUCUGUAGGUCGCAGUGUGCUGGCUUUCGUUAAAAGUAACGGGAACGCGUUUAUUUUGCGCACUUAUGAGAACAAAGAUGGAAACAGAGUUCGAGGAAAACAGAAGUUUGUGAAAUGUAAGGAGAAGAUUGAGGCUGUGAGCUGUGAAGAUGAUGUGGUGACGCUGCUGUCUGAGAGAGGCUCAGUUUUCUGCGUGGACACGACUCGCACCCCGUACUCACCCAGGACGUUGGAUGUUUUCUCUAACAUACCAGUAGCACAGGUUGCUUGUGGGAGCCAGCACUCAGUUGCCCUGACAAAAGAGUGUCAGGUGUAUACAUGGGGCCUUGACUCCAGGGGUCAGCUGGGUCUGGGAAAGAGAGGUUCAGGAGCCAGAUCACCUCAACAAGUCCGAUCCUUGUCGUCAGUCCCAGUGGUUCAGAUCUCUGCAGGAGGAGACCACAGCUUUGCCCUCUCUGUGUCAGGAGGCGUGUUUGGCUGGGGAAGAAAUAACUGUGGACAGCUUGGACUAGGAGGAACAAAAGAUGUAUUUACACCAACUUGUGUCAGUAGUUUGAAUCUGAAGAAAACGAGCGACAUUUGCUGUGGAAAGGACCAUACAGCCGUUCUGACAAAGCAGGGGGCAGUGUUUACAUUUGGCUCUGGUCAGUAUGGACAACUUGGACACAAUUCACUGCAAAAUGAACUCCGUCCUCGACUUAUUGCUGAACUGUGGGGCACUAAAGUUAUCAAGAUUGCAUGUGGCGGAUAUCACACUUUGGCUUUGACAGACGGCCGUAAGGUCUACUCCUUCGGUUGCGGGGAGCAAGGUCAGCUGGGAAACAGAACAGAAAACUGUCCAUCUGUGCCGCUUCCUGUUCUUCUACCUCGGGUUGCAGACUCAAAUCAACCCAAAAUAGGAACUAUCUUUGCUGGAGAAAACUGUUCAUUUGCAACAUGCUCUUCUGAAGAGUGUGUGGACAGAAAUCUAGAUGCUAAAAGAAUCAAUAAUGCAACUAAACAUGGGCUGGAAGACAUGGUUGAUAACUGGAUCUCUAACUGUGAUAGCAAGUCAUGGAAAAAGACAAAACAGGAAAUCCGCAGAACAUUUUCAACUGCAUCCUGUCUGAAUAAAAGCUUCCUAGAGCAAAUGAGAGAUAAACAUUUCCAGACCUCUUCAAAAUGCCAUGGUCUGAACUUUAAGCUGGCUCGACAGUAUUUUAAGAAAUUGGUGAAGGUGGACAUCGUUUGGAAAGAGGUUGAAGCUGCAAUUCUGCAUUUGCUUCCUCUCCUUGAUAAGAACCCAGUUGCAGUGGAAAGUCUGAGGAUCUUUCUGCUCCUUAAUGAGCUCCUUCAUGUCAUCCAGAAACACAGGAAGCAGCAGAGCAGCAAGCUCGCUGAGACGGUUGCUGCUGUUGUUUCAAGCCUGUCGAUGACAAGCCUUGAGGUUUUAGGGGAGUGGUGGUCCUUGCUAUCUCGAUCCAGCAUGGGGAGAUUUGUGAGCGUGUGGAGGCAAGCUCUCUCUGGGAUUUUGUCCAAAUAUGAUGCUCCUCGCAGUAGCGGUGUCAGAAACCUGCUUGAAGUACUUCAGUACAUGCAUAAUAUUAACAGCAGGGUUGCAGAGUCACGAAGGCUGCCAGAAAGUGAGUUUUAUCUGUCGAUCGACCAAGAUUUUCUGCUUGACGACCUGGACAUGUGGCGUUUAAAAUCCAAACGCUGGUAUGCGCAUUCUGAGCCACUUGUUCUGUGCAACUUCCCAUUUGUGAUGAAUCUGCAGGCAAAGACGCUGGUUUUCUACACAAAUACUGAGCUCAACACGGAAGAGGUUGUGAUGUCUUCCCUGGAGAUGUUUAUGCAUAUGAUUCUGGACUUCGAACUUUGUUUCCCUGACCCUCCAGGCCUCCUACUGCAGUUAAACCGAGCAUCUAUGUUAAAGGAUACAUUUGAACAGCUGGCUCAGGCUGAUGAAAGCAGCUACAAGAAGAAACUUGUGGUAUUUUUCCAUGGGAACUAUAACAUUGACGAUGUCUUGCUCAAUAUAAAAGACUUCUUCCAUGCAGUAUUUAAGGAACUGAUGUCUCCGGUGUCAAGGAUGUUCAUGUUCAAUGACUCACAAACACUGGCAUGGUUCUCCUCCAAAGCUUCAGAGAAGGACCAGAAUUUCUAUCUGUUUGGAGUUCUCUGUGGACUUGCUUUGUACAACUCUAUGCUCAUUUACCUUCCCUUCCCCCUGGCGCUCUUCAAAAAGCUUCUGGGAGUGAGACCUACACUGGAAGAUUUGAAAGAAUUCAGUCCAAGUGUUGGAAAGAGUCUGCAAUGCAUCCUGGAUGAGUACACAGAUGAGGACCUAGAAGACAUAUUUUUUUCGAUCCCCUGGGAUGGAACAGAGGUCGAUCUUGAUCCUGAAAAUCCUGAAAAGCAAGUAACGAGUAAAAACAAGCACGAGUUUGUGGACGCCUUCGUGGACCAUGUCUUCAAUGUUUCUGUGAAGACUGCAUUUGAGGAAUUUAAAAAAGGUUUUCUCCAAGUUUGCGACCGGGAUUUAGUGAGGCUGUUUAGGCCAAAGGAACUACAAGAAAUCCUAGUUGGAAAUGACUUCCAUGACUGGGAGAGACUUAAACAGAGUACAAUUUAUGAGGGCCAGUUCAAUGCUGACCAUCCGACCAUCCAGACAUUUUGGGAGGUUUUUGAUGAGCUAACUGAGAAUCAAAAGAAAACUUUUUUGUGGUUCGUCACUGGAUUUGAAAGAGUGCCUGUACUCGGAUUGGAUAAGAUACAGAUGAAAAUAAAAGAAAUAGACAAGAAGGAUCACUCUCACGACCAAUACUUCCCUGAGACGCACACUUGUUUCUCCACAUUGGAGCUGCCGCUGUAUUCAAGCAAAGAGAUCAUGCAAACCAAACUGAUAGAGGCUCUGAGCAACAAAAGGAUCAACCCCUGUGUUUGAUUCAGAAUGAAGUUCUAACUGCUUCUUUACAUGAUGAGGACCUUUUAAUCACCAACACAGGAUUUCUUUUCAGAACAGCUGUGUGAAAAGGAUCCACUGUCUGUCAAUCCUAAAAAAAAAUAUAUAUGUGUAUGUACAGAAAAACAGUUAUUUAACUUAAACUAUUUGGUCAACGAUUGCAAGGAAGUUAUAACUUUAAUUGAGAUAU